GCCGCCGCCGCCGCCGCUGCUGCUGCUCGGGCUAGAGGCCCGAGCGUCCCCGGAGGGCGGAGGCUGCGGGUGGGAGCCUGCGCGGGCGCUAAAGAGCGGGCCGGGGGAGACCGGGAUGGAGCCCCGCGGAGUGGACUGAAGAAGCAUCGUGGAUGUCCUGAGCGGCAGCUAUGGCUCACCUCAGGGGAUUUGCCACGCAGCACUCGCGUGUGGACCCCGAGGAGCUCUUCACCAAGCUGGAGCGCAUUGGCAAGGGCUCCUUUGGGGAAGUGUUCAAAGGCAUCGACAGCCGCACCAAGGAGGUGGUAGCCAUCAAGAUCAUUGACCUGGAGGAGGCCGAGGAUGAGAUCGAGGACAUUCAGCAGGAGAUCACAGUGCUGAGCCAGUGCGACAGCCCCUACAUCACCCGCUACUUCGGCUCCUACCUGAAGAGCACAAAGCUGUGGAUUAUCAUGGAGUACCUGGGUGGUGGCUCUGCACUAGACCUGCUGAAACCAGGACCCCUGGAGGAAACCUACAUCGCCACCAUCCUUCGGGAAAUCCUCAAGGGCCUGGACUACCUGCACUCGGAGCGCAAGAUCCACCGUGACAUCAAAGCUGCCAAUGUGCUGCUCUCGGAGCAGGGUGAUGUGAAGCUGGCAGACUUCGGGGUGGCUGGUCAACUCACUGACACACAGAUCAAGCGGAACACUUUCGUGGGAACCCCGUUCUGGAUGGCCCCCGAGGUCAUCAAGCAGUCUGCCUACGACUUCAAGGCCGACAUCUGGUCGCUGGGCAUCACGGCCAUCGAGCUGGCCAAGGGCGAGCCACCCAACUCAGACCUGCACCCCAUGCGUGUCCUGUUCCUCAUCCCCAAGAACAGCCCACCCACGCUCGAAGGCCACCACAGCAAGCCCUUCAAGGAGUUUGUGGAGGCCUGCCUUAACAAGGACCCCCGAUUCCGGCCCACGGCUCGGGAGCUUCUGAAGCACAAGUUCAUCACGCGCUACACAAAGAAGACGUCCUUCCUUACCGAGCUCAUCGACCGCUAUAAGCGUUGGAAGUCCGAGGGCCAUGGCGGGGAGUCCAGCUCUGAGGACUCCGACAUUGAUGGAGAUGCUGAGGACGGGGAGCAGGGCCCCAUCUGGACCUUCCCACCCACUAUCCGGCCCAGCCCACACGGCAAACUGCACAAGGGGACAGCCCUGCUAGGAACCCAGAAGCCUGCAGAGCCGGUCAAGCGGCAGCCUCGGUCCCAGUGCCUGUCCACACUGGUGCGGCCUGUCUUUGGGGAGCUAAAGGAGAAGCACCGGCAGAGUGGUGGUGGCGUAGGUGCCCUGGAGGAGCUGGAGAAUGCCUUCAGCCUGGCUGAGGAGUCCUGCCCUGGUAUCUCGGACAAGCUGAUGGCACACCUGGUGGAGCGGGUGCAGAGGUUCUCCCACAACAGAAACCACCUGACGUCCACCCGCUGAGCCUGAGCCACAGCCCUGGGGAGUGGCCUGAGUGCGUUGAGGCUGUGGCCUCACCAUGUGGCCAUGGCAGGUCACUGUGCUGAGGGCCCUGCCCCACCAGCCCCUGGGAGUGUCUCCGCAGCCAUGGCCCUCAGGCCUGGGAGUGGUCAGCCCACAGGUCUGCCCCCCACCGCCCUCGCCAGGUCACCCUUGCCGGCUGGUUUCUGCCUCGUGGUGUUGGCUCAGGUGCCGUGUGUCUGCCGUGCUCGUGUUGGCCAGAAUGUGGUUUUUUAAGAGAACUGAACUCCCUUCGUCCCUUGUAGCCUGUCUGUUAGUUUUCCUAGAACAUGGGCAGCUCCUGCCACUCUGAAUAAAGACCUGAAUUGAAGACACA